GCUGCGCUCCUGCCCUACAGCGGGGCCGGCAGGGCCCCACCCCGGCCGGGGCCGUCCCACCACGGGCCGCGGCCUCCCGGGAGCGGGCGGCCCUGCAGCGGCGCUUGGGGAGGGCCAGGCCCGAGCCGGCUGCGAGUCCCGGGGGCCCGACGCGAUGCUUUCUUUACCUAUCGAAAGAAUGUGCUUCUGGCGAAGAGCCCGUCCACCCAGAUAGAAGGUGUCUUUGCUGCAACCAGAGGAAGAUCAGCUCCAGAAGAGCAAGAAGCCCUUCUCCAGCAGUGGCUGGAGGAAGGAGUAGGGAAUUUGCCAGCCAGUGAGAGUGUUCCAACAGUCAGGAAGGUAUCAGUUACACUCACUAGUGACUGGUUAGAAGGUUCACAGCUAUUGAUGACCAGCCUCAGUGAUCUGAACACAUCUCCAGAAGUCACCCGGUGUGCUGAUCAGCAGCACUCAGAGCUAAAUGCCUUGGCUUCUUCAGAACUGCAAGAUCAUGCAGUGGCAGAACUGGCAAGAUUACCAUCAGAGGAAACAGUGACUGUAGCAGGCAGUGCCCCUUGGGCAGCUGUGGUGCCACAGGCAGAUCACCAGACAGCUGGCUGUGCUGGUAUCAACGUGGAAGUGCUGAAUGAUGACCCAGCUGUGCUGGCCUGGAGUUUAGCAUGUGAUGCAGAGACAGUGCCACCAGUGCUCCCAGCCCAGCCCAUUCAGGAUGCGGUGCCAUUUUAUCCUGUCUCAACGGAGGUGCCCUACCAUGAGAUCUUAUGGAGAGACUGGGAGGAUCUUUCUGUCCAGCCCUGUGUCUUAGAGCAGGUCUCAAAAAACACUCCCCUCUUUGAAUUUCGAGUCAUGUCUUACAACAUCCUUGCCCAGGACCUGGUGGAGCAGGGCCUUGAUCUCUAUGUACACUGCCAUCCAGACAUCCUGAACUGGAACUACCGCCUUCCAAACCUUUUGCAGGAGAUCCAGCAUUGGGAUCCUGACGUUCUGUGUCUCCAGGAGGUGCAAGAGAACCAUUACUGGGAGCAACUGGAACCAACAUUCAAGGAGAUGGGCUUUGCUUGCUUCUAUAAGCGGAGAACCGGGACGAAGACAGAUGGAUGUGCAGUGUGCUAUAAGCGCAGCAGGUUCCAGCUGAUCAGUCUCAGCCCCAUAGAAUACUUCCGGCCUGGCCUGGACGUCCUCAACCGCGAUAAUGUGGGCUUGGUGCUGCUGCUGCAGCCUGUGCUCCCAGAAGGUCUGGGUCUGGAGGCAGUCAGUCCUUUGUGUGUGGCCAACACUCAUGUGUUGUUCAAUCCCCGUCGAGGAGACAUCAAACUGGCCCAGGUGGCCUUGCUGCUAGCAGAGAUUGACAAAAUUGCAAGAACUACUGAAGGCAGCUACUAUCCUGUCAUCUUGUGUGGAGACCUGAACUCUGUACCUGAUUCUCCACUCUACAAAUUCAUCCGGAAUGGUGAACUUUCCUACCAUGGGAUGCCAGCCUGGAAGGUGUCUGGUCAGGAAGACUUUUCCCAGCAAUUGUAUUCACGGAAGCUGCUGGCCCCACUGUGGCCAAGCUCACUGGGUGUAACAGACAAGUGCCAGUAUGUCACCCUGUGCCAGCCAAAGAAACCUGGGAGACGUGAAUACAGCCGUGACUUCCUGCUGCAGUUCCGCUUUUGCGAUGUUGCCUGUGAACGACCACCGCAGCUGGUCCUCCUGGAAGGUGUGACAGAUGCUAAACCAGACCGCCCUGCACACUGGCCCAAGCCUGCUGCCAUGGUGAAAGACCCUGAUCCCCAGCCAUUCAUCCCAAGGUGUUCAGGUGUUAUCCAGCAUGGCCUCAACCUGACCUCUGUCUACAGCCACUUCUUGCCACAGAGGGGACGCCCAGAGGUCACAACAAUGCCCAUGGGGCUUGGAGCUACUGUUGAUUACAUUUUCUACUCAGCAGAGCCUGUGGAGAGCAAGGCGGGUCGCAGGCUGUACAAGGAUGGAGCCCUGAAGCUGCUUGGCCGUCUUUCUCUUCUCUCUGAAGAUGUCCUCUUGAUGGCAAAUGGCUUACCAAAUCCUUUUUGUUCAUCUGAUCAUCUCUGCCUACUGGCUAGCUUUGGCUUGGAGAUCUCCAGCCUCAGAGAGAGUUAGUGUUGGUUCUCUUUCCCUAAAGAAAAGUUGUUCUGAAAACAGCAAUUGAGACUCUGGAUUGCACAACCUGCUUGCAAGAAAACCCUUUUCCUUGUCAUGUCCUAAAAGUCCUUUUCUCCCCUCACACCCUCACUAAACGCAGGGAUGGGAGAGUUGGAGUGCUUUUUGCAUUGGUAUUUUCUGCAUCUCUGCAAACCUGAGCUGUGUUCCCAAUGGGCUGCCAGGUGUAUUCAGGCAUUAGCAUCUCUUUAAGAGACCUUGUUCCACUGCCGUGGUUGGCAGGUGUUUUUGUGCUGCAGGAACCAACGUAAUGCCCAUGUUUAUUUGUCCCUUUGUAAGAUUUUCAAGGAGCUGGAAAAGAGAGGGGCAAUGCUAUCUGCUUUUGGUUAGUUUAAUUGCUACCAAGGAGCAUGGGAUGUAUAUGCCAAUAUUCUUUCACACCAAAACAAAUUCUUUUAGUUCUUUUCUUGGUAAUAAUUCAGUACUUUCAGGGCUAGUUGUUGCAUUGCCUUUUAGAUUGGAUCUGCUAACUGCUUAGAAAUGUCUUUUACUUCAUAAUCUGUAAGGGAGACAGGAGGGACAGGAGGAUUUGUGUGGUGUAACAGUUUCUACAAGAAACUUCUUACUGUGACUAAUGGACCAGGGAAUGGGAUUGCCAGGAAUGGAACAAGGGGUUCUGCAGAGCCACUCACAGCAGCUCUAGAACUGCAGCAAUAGCCUAGAGGCCUUGGGGAAGGCUUCCUUCCUUUCUAGCAGUCUCAGAAUGGUACCUAAUUUGUCAUUUUUAGCAAAAAUAUUUAGGAUCCUCCCAGUGAAUAUUCUGUGGAAAAAAAUUACCCUGUAAGGAAUGAUAACCCCAGAGAUGAAAAUGGAAGGCAUGUGAGAGUCAGCAGAGCCAUCAGAUGGAAGAGCUGAUCUUGUCACUUGCCCUGUUCUUUGUGCACUCCGUAUUGCAUUCAACCUGCCAGGGGUCAGUAGCCAGCCAGUAUCCAUCUCUUGUGCCAGACUGAAGUCCAUGCUGCAUCCUUCUUCUGCACCCAGCCAUGUUUAGGUGUAGGUAGAACCUUUAGGAUCAACUCCUGUCUCUUGACAUGUGUUGGGAGGAAGGGGAAGGCUGUGUAACUUGGAGCCAGACUGCAGUCACUUGGAUCCCAGCAUACUUUUGGUGUCCUAUCAGUGUGCUCUUGUAAGCAGUGGCUUGGCCAGUACAAAAGCAAUCAAGCUGUACCUGUUCCUAGAGUAAAUUCCCCAGUUCAACCUGACAUUUGGUGCUCAGUUUUCCCUAAGAGAUGAAACCAAUCUUGACAGAAACCAAUAUUGGCAGAAACAUUAUCAGUCUUCUGUUCACAAACAAGGCAGAAAAUCUGGUCCCACCUCUGGCUUUUGUAGGAAGGUACAGGAGACUUGAAACAUUGUUUGUUCUUCAUGAUCUAGAUUGAGCGACUUUGAUAUUUUAAAUGUUACUUUCUUUAUUGAAAAAUAAAACACUGCUAAUCUAA